AUGUGACCGCGCGCGCGCGCGAGACGCGCGGUGACCGCGGACGACGAUCAUCCGAGUGCGGGGUAGAACGUGUGUGUAUGUGUGCUCCGAAUGCGCGUUCGCCGAAAAAUGACACUCGUCAUCGGCCGGACAUCGGUGCGGACGGUGUUGCUGACGUCGUUGCUGCCGAUUUCCGCGGUGCUGAUAGCGCUGGCGCUCGCCGGGGACGUCGCGACCUUGGAGUACGGCAGCGUGGAGCCCCUUCCGGCAUCCAGGGAGGAGCGGCCGCGUCCGGAUACAGACACGUCGGUCACGGAACAUCGUCACGGGCGUGCGUCCCUACACGCGGAACCGUCGUCGUCAAAAGCUAAACGCGAGCAGGCGCUACGCAACAUUCUCACUGCGAGAAGACGACAGAUUUUGAAUCAACGCUCACAUGAGCCUCACCGGACUCUCUCCAGUCGUAGGUCACGACCUGGCGACGUCACCUCGAGGGAGCCUCCGGAUGUUCUCGAAACCCAGGAGACCAGACACGACGUUUACGUCACGAGCGCGCGAACGGAGGAGGAGGAGGAAACUCCGCAGUCGAGGAAAUCGAUCGAAGAAAUCGUUUCCACGCUCGUGCUCGACGCGACGGGAGCGGAGGUAGAAUCGCUAGCCACGAAGACGCUUAAAAACGAAGCUUCGUUAACGCCGACGACCGGGAAGUACGAGAACGUCUCUUCAACACCUGCCUCGAGCGCUGUGUUGACCAAUCAAAAAUUAGGCGACGCGGAUACGCGCAGAAAGAACACUGUGUCGAUGCCAGAGUCACUGUACAAUCACUUCCGGCCAGUGGAGAGCAAUAUUCCGGUGGAGGAUAUGUCGCAGUUUCUCUACUUCGGCCAGAAGCUCCAGCCGGACGCGCAAAACUUCACCAGUAGCAACAACAACAACUCCGUGGAGGCGACAUCGACGAACCCGACUUCCUCGCGCAGGAGAUACUCCACAAAGAGAUUCAGCGCGACGAUCGCCGCGCCGGUGGAGGAGAUUAUGAACGACGAGAUGAACAUCGCGCUGGAGACGUUGGAGCGUCGGACGGUCGAGAAGAAUCAAGUGUCGAGGAUCAAGAAUACGUUCAGGAGCUCGGGUAACGGGCUGUAUUACCGGAAGCCCAGGCCUACGGCGGACGUCGUGUCGAAUGUUAUUCCGGGGAACGAGUCGAGCCCCGGUAUUCUCGGUAUGUCGGAAACCAGGAGCGAGAUGAAUGCGGUCGACGACAGAUUCCGCCGCGGCGACCUGUCCGCUCACGCGGACGGCGGCCGCGAUCGGGUCCCGCCAGAUAGAAGAAACGCGGCCUACGUCGGCGAGGCGAGCACGACGACCCAAAUACCGCGGCAGCGCCAGUCCGAUGGCGAUGCCGAGGCGGCGGCGGCGGUCGUCGCGGAGAGUGAAAUCAACGCGAAACUCUCGAACGGGACGAUCGCGGCGUCGAACGGGACCGCCGACAGUCUCCAGAGGCCGGCCAACGAUUUCGGAGGCGAGGACAGCGAGAAGAAGAAAGUCACCGAAGCGAGAACGGAAGCGGAGAACACGGAGAAAUCGGAGCACAAGUUAACGAGCAUCGAGAAGGCAGUGUCGGUGCCGCAGCGAGCGAGCGCGAGGCCUCGCGAGGGCGGCGACGGCACCGAGCCGAUGUCACAGACGGAAUCGUCGACGCUGCGGAUCGUGGUGCCGGACGACAGCUUCGGGCUCUCGAGUUUCGCGAUCGCGACCGAGCGGACCCAUCGGAAUACCGUUAAGCAGCAACCGGUCGCGGAUCCCAUCGCGGAUCGACCGGUUCGCGUGUCGGCCGGCGGCGAUGUCGCCCCGAAAUCAUCGCCGUCGUCAUCGACAUCGACCCUGAUGACGACGGAGUCGUCCGCACCUGUCGCCGCCGCCGUUGUCUCGGAUCAACAGCCUCAGGAGCAGCAGCAGCAACAGCAGCAGCAGCAUCAUCCGCAGCAACACGUGUACGCUUAUACGAUAACGAACGUGACGCGAUUGUUGCGCAACUACACCGGGCCCGGAGUAAGAGGCGAGGAGGAAGAGCGAGGAGGAGGUAGUAGUGGUGCCGCUGGUCGUCGUGCUGGUAGCGGUGCCGAGAUAACGAGCGGUGGACCGUCGCAACAGCGGCCUGAGCAGCAGCAGCAGCAGCAACAGCAGCAACCACCACCGCCGCCGCCGCCGUCUUCUCCUCUUCUGCUUCCUCGUGCCGGCGACGGCGGUAUAGAACCGGCACGAACGCCGGCGGGACUCAGUGCUGGCGCGACCGUCGAGCCAGCCGCAGCUGCUGGAGCGUUGCCCAGUAUUGUCGACGGUCUGGUGGGGGAACGAUCGAGGAAAGCUGUACCGCAGCAGCAACGAGCGACCGGCCAGCGAGCGGCGGCCACCUCGCCCCCGUUGCAUUCAGCCGCGAACGACAGCGUCGUAUCGUCGACGAGGCCCGCCAAGUCGCCGGAGACCGGAAACAGAGGAUCGAUCAAGUGGAAUCACACCAAGUGGAUUAGCGAGCAGGAGGGUGCGAACGAUCGGAGAUUCCUCAGGAAGAGCGCCAGCGCGGUGCUGAAUCAACGGUCGACUGUAAACGAGGAAUCCUCGUCCCUGGCGACGAGCAAGCGUCGCAGGGUGUUGGCCUCUUCGAGCGGGGUGUCUCCUUCGAGCGUUACCAGAAGAGUGAAAUCCGGCGAGGAGAAGAUCGACAGUGCUAAGGAUAAGUCAGUGGUGAACGGUCGACCGUCGAACGGAACGCGGGUUGCGAAUCGCGGGAAAGUUACGGACGAUGAGGCGCCAGGUGCCGAUUCUUUACGGGAAGUUGCGCGUGCCAGCGGGGUGAACGAGGUGCCAGGUGACAGUAGUUCGCAGGAAACCACCGCCAUGGGAAUUCUGAAUCGAAAUUCGACCGACGAAACGAUGGACGCGACCGAUCCGUCCGUCCUCGUUGACGCGACCACCACGACGGAGCUGGAAAAGUCUCACGCUCUCGAGGAAGACGUCGUUACCGCGUCGAGUUUAAACGAGGAGAGUGAUAACGGAAGCGAUGCCGAGGACGAUCGUGGUGUCGCGAUGUCGAACAAGACAUCGGAGAGUGACGUGAACGCAACGACGGACGGCGUUGUCGAGACGACCAUGGCAGUGACCGAGCAAGUCGAUGAAACGAUCGCGAUUACGACGACGAUGACUCCGACGACGUCGACGACGACGGCAGUGCCGGCGGCACCGGUUUUCCCGGUCACGCCUAGAAUACUGACGGAAGUGGAAAGGACCACCGUCGAUCCGGAGACUGACACCUUGAGGCCGACGGAUGUCGCAAAGGAAGAGAACAAUCUGGAUCCUUCGGAGAUCCAAAAGAGGUACCGAGCUAAAGACGCGACGACGACGUCGACGACAACGACGACGACGACGACGACGGUUAUGCCAAGUCAGAGUGACGUUCGCGCGGACGAGACGUCGAGCAGAAGGUCGAAGGUCCUGCCUACCUCGUCGACGUCCACGGUAACGGAGAACGGGAAACGCGUGUCCGGCGAGAGAUCGCCGGAAGUCAGAGCGCGCAAUUUGUCGGACAAGUCGAAAGACAAGGACGACGUGCUGCCGAUCAUGCAUCUGUACAACACGUCGGAUAUCUUCAACGGCAGCGGGCCGAUGGACGGGCUCGCGCGCGGCACGGAACGACCUCGGGUGGUGCUUCCGGUGGAGUCUGAGUCGCAGAACGAGGAUAGUUCCGCGUCGACGACAACAGUAACGACGACGACGACGACGACAACGACGGCGACAACGACGACGGAGAAAAUUCCCGAAUCGGCGACGGAAAUCGGCGGAAGUACAUCGACCACUGUGCCCGUUCCCAAGUUUAAGGAAUCCACCGUGAACCCGACGAGCCCCCGGAAGGACAACCGCGAAUUCCAGGACUCCACCGUCGUCCCUCCUGUGUCCAAAGGCCCCUCGUUCGCGCCCACGGCCAACCGAACGAGGUACAGGCCCGCGUAUCAUCACUCGACUCUGCCGGAGUACAACGGCACGAUGUAUCAUCCCGACGGGCUCAACAGGACGUUCUUCGAGAGCGGCGUGCCGAUCUCGGUGAGCCCGCGGGAGUCGAUGAACGUCAGUGAGGUGAUACUGAAGCGGCACGACGGCGACGCGAUCGCCACGCAGGAGACGGUCGCCGUGGUCGGCUACAUCCUGGCCACGCUCGUCGUCUUUCCCAUCGCCGUCGGCGUCGGGCUCAUUCUCAGAAGACUGAUACUUAGGAAUCGUAAGGUGCUCGAGGAGUCGGACACGUCAUCGGAGAUAAGCUGCAGGAAGGACGCUCUUAAUCUCGAAAACGGCGACUUCAAGACGUCCAUCGAGAAGGCGAUCACGAAACUACCGAGGAUACAGCACUUGUGUCACGAAGCUGAGAAACCGCCGUCUCCGCCAUCCCAGGAAUCCAGAUGGGAGUUUCCUAGAGAUAAGCUUAGAUUACAGACAGUCCUCGGGCAAGGAAACUUCGGCCAGGUGUGGAAGGCCGAAGCCGACGAUUUGACAGGUCACCAAGGCACGACCCGAUUAGUGGCAGUGAAAACCGUCAAGGAAGGCGCCUCCGAUCGAGAGAAGGAGGACUUAGAUCGAGAACUCGAAAUCAUGAAGCAAUUGGGCAGUCAUCCAAACGUUGUAACACUUUUAGGUUGCUGCACCGAGGAAGAGCCCCAUUAUCUCAUACUGGAGUACGUCAUGUACGGCAAGCUGCUCGCGUACCUGCGCGAUCACCGCACCAGGCAGUACUUUUACAACUUCAGCGAGGAUUCGGCGGCCUUGACAUCCAGGGAUCUCACGGUUUUCGGCUACUGCGUGGCUAGAGGCAUGGAGUAUCUUGCGUCAAAGAAGAUCAUCCAUCGCGACCUCGCCGCCAGAAACGUUCUCGUGGAUCACAACAAGCUGUGCAAGAUCGCCGACUUCGGCAUGUCGAGGUUCGCCAACGAGGACGGCGAGGUGAUCGAGACUAGACACGGCAGAAACGCCUUGCCCAUCCGAUGGAUGGCCCCCGAAUCGUUGAUCUACUCCCUGUUCACGACGAAGACCGAUGUCUGGAGCUUCGGGAUUCUGAUGUGGGAGAUCGUCACUUUAGGUUCAACACCGUACCCGGAUAUGACGGCGCGGGAAGUCAUGCGGAACGUGCACAACGGUUACCGGCUGGAGAGGCCUUCGCACUGCCGAAGCGAGCUCUUCAGAGUGAUAUCGCGAUGCUGGCACGCCGAUCCCGACCGCAGGCCGGAAUUCCAGAUCCUACGCAGGGAUCUCGCCCAGCUGCUGGAGGACAACAUGAACGGGCACUACGUGGACCUCGAGAGCUUCGCUUCCGAGUGCACCGAGGACUGAGAGAGACCGGCGGAGGAGACCUCAGGCUCAUCCUCGAUCGCGAUCGGGAAAUCGGAGAGGCCAUGCGUUCGGCAAACGUUAAUUGACGUCGCCGCGAGCCAGGGAGAUUUUCCGACGUGUCGAUCCUUCGAAAGCGACUUUCUCUCUCGCGGGGAAAAUACACAAUUGAGAUUAUCCCAAGAGAACUGCGAGAGGUCCGGGACGUUUUAUGUCCUCCCCGUUCUUGACCUCUGAAAUUCGUAGGAAUUUUAUAUAACAAAGCGUAUUCCGUCUUUCGAGCGAAAUAUGUACGCUUGAAAAGUAGAAUCGCCAACUGUGCUAUAUGCUUGGGACAACGGAAAAUCGUCAAGUUGCACGACGACGAGAUUCCUCCGACCCGCGCGUAAAAAUCGCAAUCCGUCCGCAAAUUCAAAUUCGUCCAGUAUAUACAUUUGCACGGGUAUCUCAUUAUCGUUGUGCAAUAGAGUGUAAUGACAAGAUGCGAUGUUAAUUUAUUAUUACGUGAAUAUACUCGGCAACACGACGUCGCACACACUCGUAAUAAUUACGAAUGGACUUUUAUUAUUGGACGCUUCUACGUCUCGUUGAAGUACACGAGUACGAUUAAUUACGCGAUUUCCAGCUCGUUGAAGUAAGCAAAAACGUAAGAACACAGAAACGCUGUAACGCGCGAUGCUGUGAUAAAUGACGAAAAAAUAGAAAAAAAAAUUACAUAAGCGAUACCGAAGCGCAACACAAUGGAAGUUUAUAAAGUCCGCAAAAAUAUAAGUAUCCCAUCUAGAAUAGAGUGCUAUUGGGUAAGUAGCAUUUUUUACCAAUUAGUUAUACGCGACGUAUCGCUCAUUAAUCCCUCGACAUUUCGUCUUAUUAAUUUUAUUUAUAAACGAGAAUGUAUGCAUUGGACAACGAUUGUGCACAACUGAUGAUUUACGUAUCUCGAAGACUUGCUGAUGCGUAUUUAUGUAAAUUAUUUUUUCAUGAAAAAAGUAUUCAAAUAUUAAUUUAUCGAAACAAUAGCACAUUAUUUCUAACAGAGAGUUCUGUUUUAAGUUUUAGAUAUUCGUUUAUUACUUUGAGCGAAAAAGAAGACAAUUUACAGAAAGACUUAGUCUUCUUCCACGUUGGAUGACACAACGAGACUCAGCUCUGCGUCGCGAAAUAUGUACAUACUGUGUCCCUUGCGUAAUAAUAUAUAUACAUAUAUAUACAUAUAGAUGUAACGAUAAAUAUUAUAUUUGCCGGAAAUCAAAAAGAGACGUCCCACUCUCCGAAUCGCAUUACUCGCCGUAAUACUAAUUCUCGCUAUUAAUCGUCGUUAUGUGCAUCCCGCGUUUCCAAUCGCGCCCGACGCGUCUAUUCUUAAUCAUUCUAGUCUUUCGCAACGCGUUUCGCGGCGACGAUCGGUAUCGAUUACAUCGCACGCUAUUUUCUCUUUUUUUUUUCAUUUUCCUCUUUCACGAGCAUCACGAAUUUGCUCAAAAAAUUGCGACACGACAUAAUAUAUCGCGGUCGCUUAAAAAAAAAAAAAAGAAAUCGAUUCAAGCUCCGCUGUCAGUUGAUUAUUGUAUUAAGUAUUUUUUUAUCUUGCUAUCUUUCUUCCAUGCGACGUCGUUUUCGCUCUUUGAUGCGGCUCGUCUCCGUUUGUCGUUAUCAUUCGAGACAUCGCUCUCGGAUAUACAUCGCAUUUCGCGCGUUAGUGCCGCGAAAAAAAAAACAUAUUUGCGAUCAACACAUGUAUGUAGACUCGAUUGUAUCAAGAAUUUUUUGUCAGUAAACGUUGUGAGAAAAUUCAA